CAAAUGAAUACUUCUCAUCAACUCAUCCCCAUCUAUAUAACUCCAACCUUGAGACCCGAUCUCUGCGAGCACCCGCAUGGAUUCCAUCACAUCCUCCCCUCCUUGAUGUACUCAAAUCUUCCAUUAAACCUCCUCCUCUCCUUUAAACUCUUAAUGUACGAAUUUCCCAUCUCCCUUUUCGAAAUCGGCACAAACAAUGAUGCACACAACAUACAGUAGUAGCUCAAUUAUAUCACUAAGCACAUAUUCUACUUUGAAUUAUUACUCUUAUUGCUCAAUUGAAAAAUGCUCGUCAACAUAUUGUUCUUGUUGCUGCUCAUUUCCUAUAAAUUCCUGUAAAUUAAUUGUACCCACAAACCCUAGGUUUUUGUGUGGGUUAAGGCAGUCCACUUUGAUUCAAUGCCCGCCUUCAAGGAGGUUUACAUUAGGGUCUAGUGACCGGUAUUGUUGUCGAUCGCCGACUUACGAUGUGGGUCGGUGUUGUUGUUCGGAGUCUAGCUGUGUUAAAAAGGAGAGAGUUGGUGGGUUUAAUGGAAAGAAUUGUAAUGAGAAAUGUUGUGUUAAGCAAAAGAGGGGUAUUGAUGUUAGUAAGAUCAAGGGUAGGAUGGGGUGGAGUAUGCGCGAUUUUAGAAGUAGUGCACUUGGAGAUGCUGAGGCUAUGCUUAGUUUGCUGAGUGAGGGAAUGAUUGAGGAACGUGUGGUUGAUAGGGAGAAAAGAAGCUCUCCUCUUGAAGGGAAAGUUGCGAUUGACAAGUUUAAGGAUAGAAAGCCAAAUGUUGCAAUUGAUAAGUUUAAGGAUAGAAAACCAAAUGUUGCAAUUGAUAAGUUUAAGGGUAGAAAGCCGGAUGUAGGUUCGGGGUAUAGGGAGAGUGAAACGAGGAAUCGUAAGCUGGAGACGGGCAGGGUUCAGGCUAGGGAAGAGGGUCAUAAGAGGGAUGAAGAAAAGCAGAUUAUUUCCAAAGACGAGGAUGGAAGGUUGAGGAGAAGAGAGUCUAGUUCGUCCUAUUAUUCUCUUUCAGAUUCAGGGGACUUUGGGAGUGAUGUGGAAGUGGAAAUAGAGAAAGAUGAGUUUGUUGGAGAGUCUUCUACCAGCCACAACAAGGAUUUGAGGAAAAAUGAAAUGACUAAACAUAACUGGGAAAGGUACAGAGAUGAGAAAGAUCAAGAAUUGCAAAGCAGCAAUGAUUUCAGAGUUGGUGGCUCUAUUCAGCAGAAUUGGAGAAAGAAGUCAGAGAAGAAGUUUACUCAAGAUUACAAGGAAACUAAUUCUAAUGUAAGGCAGUCUCAAGAAAGAAGUUAUAUGAUUGACUCGAGUUCGAAAAAGCAAUUGAAUUAUCAACAAGAGCAGUCAACAACUUCAGAUGUGAAAUCCCUUGGGCUGUCAAGUUCUCACAUUCAUAAAGACAAUAGAGCUAGUCAACUUGAUUAUUCAACACAAACAAAUAAUAGGGGAACUCUUGAAUCAACGUCCAAUACAUGGAGAAGAUCUACCCAGGGGGAUUUGAAUUCAGUUGAGGAAACAGGAUGUAAGUACUGCAAAACAUGUGGUACAAACAUGGAAACAAGUAAGACACAAUCAGACUUCCAACAGCAUGCUGAGCUGACAGAGAUGAGUGCUAAAUUGACCUCAGGUGCAGAAAGUUUGUCUGAAGAUACACAAAAGAAUUUAACUUCACAUCAAAUUUCAGCUGAGGAUGUAGGUAAGAAGCAUGACCAAAUUCACUUGGUUACUGGACAAUCCAAUGCAGAGAGAAAAUCCCAGCAUUGUCCUGAAACUCUAUCUACUGAUGCUACCCGUGCUCAAAGCACUUUAAGUAGACGUAGAAAAGAGGAAGAAAGUUCGAGUUCACUUCAAAUUUCAGCUCAGGAGAAUAAGCAGCAGGAUGAUGAAAUCUACCUGGAAAAUGGCCAAGUCGAUGCAAGGAGAAAGUUUCAUCAUUACACCGAUGCUAGUUAUUCUCAAAGUACCUUUAGGGAACAGCAGCAAUCAGAAGCUCGAAUGAAGUAUUUAGAGGAAAAGACAGCGGCACUUGUUGCAGCUGAGGAAGUUAAAAGAUUGCGUGAGGAAUCAGGUGGCAAAGUGCCUCAUGUCGAGAUAGGUGAUUCAGGAGUUCAUUCUUCCAAUUUGGAAACCAGGAGUCACUCUACUUCUGAUGAUGAAAGAGUAUAUAAUCUGCAAACUUAUUCAAAAUCAAAGGUAAAAUCAGUAGAGGAAUUGGUAGAAAAACGCAAAUGGAUUGAUGAAACAACUGUUCAAUCCACCCUUAGAACUGAGAUACAAGGGCCUGCCAGUGGAAACUUUCCUGGAGAAGGCACCGUAAGCCAACCCUCGAUACCAUUAAUGUCUCGGACAGGCAUUCAACAAUUAAGCAGGGAAGAAGUUAGGAGUGGACUGGUUUCGAUGACAUCUCCACCAUUCCAAGAUGUAAGCAGGUCCCAGUUUCAUGACGCAUCGAGAAAUUCUUUGAGAAAUGAUACAGGAAGAACUGGGGAAGUUGGUUCUGGUAGUUCAGAUAAACUCCCUCAAGAAAGAACUCCAUCGUCCCAUGGUGAAGUCUAUGACAGAAAGAGCACGUUCAGUGAGGAGUAUACUCAUGGGGAUGCGUUAGUUUCAGCUGCAUGUAUGCAGGAAUCAUCAACUCUGAUUGUUGAUGAGUUUAUUGAGAAGUUGAGCGUUGAAGGAUCAACUUCUGAGACUAGCACUGAGAAGAAAUUAGCAAAACUAGAUUUAAAGCAUCAAGAUAAAAAACAUAUGCUGAAAGGACCAACUGAAUCAGAAUCUGACAAGACAGGCUUACAGAAGAAAGCUUUAGAGCAUCCAUCUCAGGUUUCUAGUCCAAAUUUUAAAAAGAAAAAGCCACAGAAGCUAGAUUCAAAGCGUUCAUCUGUAGAUUCUGAAACCAAGGGAUCCUCGGAUCAGAUGUGGGAUGUGAAGGAUCACUUUGUUCAAGAAGCCUCAGAAAUGGAAUCGUUAGAGGGAGCUAUUUCUGGAAGUAUUCCUGUUGUGAGCAAAGGGAAUUCUGUGUGGAGUACUGUUGCUGGUAUAUGUAAACUUCGAUGGGGGUCACAUUCUGAAAAUCAAAAGUCUCCUGUUAAAGUCAAAGUACAGGCCUCACCUAGUGGAUCUGCUGGUGGCGAAUCAUGGUUUUCUGGAAAUGAGGCAGAUGAACCAAAUGGUGAUGGCAUGACAAUGGAGCACCUAAGCUCGCCGCAUCAGACCGCUUCAUCUGAUAAGCAACUUCUGGAGACCUCUUCAAGUCAAAAUGAGGAUGUUGUAGUUAUGAACUUGGAUGACAAAUUGAGCCAUGUUCAUGCGGGUACUUCAUCCUCUUCUAGUGCCUUACAUAGUAGUUCAAUAUCAGGAGAUGUCUUAGUUGGUGGAAAUACCAACUUGAGUAUUCCCCAAUUUAUAUCACUACCUAGCCCUUCAGUAGGUCUAUCGGAACAUUCUGUUAACUUAAAUGCUCCCCAACUUAUGUCACUACCCAGCCAUUCUGUGGAUCUAUCGAAACCUUCUUCUAGCCAACUGAGAAGACUACAUACUUCUGAAGAGAUUGUUGAUACCCGAAAAAGUGAGUCACUCAUAAGUCUUUCAGAGAAACAAGGGAAUAUAGCUGCUGAUUUAUGGCAGACUGAUGUUAUUUCAUCUGAGGAAACUGAUGUUGAACUUAACAGAAAGAAGCUUCAACGUAGCAAGGUAGUUUUGCAAAGGUUUGAUGAAUGGGAAGAUGCUUAUAGACUUGAACGUGAGCAGCGGAAAGUUGAUGAAAUUUUCAUGAGGGAAGCACUUUCUGAAGCAAUGAAGGCUGCUGAAUCUUGGGAAGUUCCUGUUGGUGCAGUACUGGUGCAAAACGGGAAAAUUAUUGCUCGUGGGUACAAUCUAGUGGAGGAAUUGAGGGAUUCCACUGCCCAUGCUGAAAUGCUUUGCAUAAGGGAGGCCUCAAACGUCCUGCGGACAUGGAGGCUUUCGGAAACCACUCUGUAUGUAACACUGGAGCCAUGUCCCAUGUGCGCUGGAGCCAUCCUUCAAGCCAGAAUCAGUACCCUUGUCUGGGGUGCUCCUAAUAAGCUUCUUGGAGCUGAUGGCAGCUGGAUAAGGCUUUUCCCAAAUGGCGCCAACGGAGAGCAACCUUCAGAAGGGACAGAGAAGCCAGCUGCUCCUGUACACCCUUUCCACUCCAAGAUGAACAUUCGAAGAGGGAUACUACAAGAAGAAUGUGCAGACAUAAUGCAGCAAUUCUUCCGACUCAGAAGGAGGAAGGCUAAGGAAAAGGAAAAGGAAAAGGAUACAUCGUCAUCCGAUGAAUCAGGCCAACCUUCUUGUUUUCCCAAACCACACCAUCGAUCGAAGUUGUUGCAUAGGAUGCAUAAUGUUUUCCAUUCUUCAAAACAGCAGGCUGAUUGAUUUUCAUGUAAGUAAACAUAUACUCCGUAGUCCAUACAGACGGUUAUUCUUUUUUUUCAAAUCAAUGAUUAAAACAUAUAUAUUAUUUGGGGUUGCGUGAUGUGUGUAUAUGUAUAUUCUUUUCCA